AUGGGAAGUAAAAAUCAACGACCAAAGACGUCGUCGCUUCUACACACCGGAAAUUGUACCGAUGAUAUGCCAAAGAGUCGGUGGUUAAUGUUGAUUUUCCGCUUACUAUUUCGACAAUUUUUUGCAUGGCAUCAUGCAGAUGAUGCUCCGAGGCUUUCUUGGCAGUUUAAAAUUUUCUACGGGAUCAGCAUUGACGAAGGAACACCAAAGAAUUCCGAUACAAAAUGUACGUCUUCAAGUAGAAUUGUAGAAAAAACUUGUCUUGGUCCUCAGCUAUCUAUAAACGAGAUCGAUUUCGGUCUUAAGAGAUAG